GGUAUGCGCAAAGGAGCUCUGGCUGCUCUCCACAUACUUUGCUCUUUUCACUGUCAAUUUGCUGUCCUUUGGGCGUGAUCCGUUGGACUCUGGAUUUUUCUAUAUUACUCGUACUCUUUGCUUCUUCUCAGAACUGCAUGAUACCCGAUAGAACGACACAUAAACACGCACCGCCGCAAUGCGAUUGACCGUCGAGCUUAUCCAGAAUUCCCUGUCGUACAUCAACCCGCUCAAGGAUCGCGAAUUAGAUCUCCGAGGGCACAAAAUACCCGCGAUUGAGAACUUGGGUAUUGCCAAGGACCAAGAUGCAAUCGACUUCACAGACAACGAUAUUUCCACCCUUGGGAAUUUCCCUUUCUUUCCCCGCCUCCACACCCUUCUCCUCGCCCGGAAUCGAGUCAAGCACAUUCAGCCCACGCUCGCAACGUCCGUGCCGAACUUGACCAACCUUGUAUUAACAUCUAACCAUAUGACCGAGCUUGCCGACUUGGAUCCUCUGCGCAACCUGACGAAGUUGACCCAUUUGGUGUUGUUGGAGAACCCUAUUACCCGGAAAGAGCACUACCGGUAUUGGGUCAUCUGGAGGAUCCCUAGCGUGCGCUUCCUGGACUACCAGAAGGUAAAGGACGCCGAGCGUGAAAAGGCCCAGGAACUCUUCGGAACCACCGAGGAACCGUCGGCACUAGCCUCCAAGAUCAUGGGCAUCAAGUCCCGCACAUUCGACGUCCCGUCCGGAAACCUAGCAGACAGAGCACCCGCCGACAAGGCCGUCAGAGUCCAGCUGACCGAGGCCGAGAGAAAACGCGUCGAGAAGAUGAUCCGCGAAGCAAGGAGCUUACAAGAGAUUGCGAGACUGGAAAAGGAAUUGAACGAAGGUCGGAUACCCGGAGGCGCGCUCGAUGCGGUCGAGGACCCGGAUCAAAUGCAGACGUAAUAUAUACCGAAACGGGCAUAUCGUUUUUCUUGUUCUUAUUAUGAUGAAUUUGGUGCAGAGCUUGUUAGGGAUCUUCUUUUGCAUGAAAGAUGUGAUAUCUUUCGCGUGUCCAGGCUUCAUUUUUUUUCGUUUGAUCUUCGGCUCAAUACAAAAAAGCUUUCGUUCGGCCGUGGCGGUGUUUGUGGAAUGUUUAUAUUUAGUGGAAUCGAAGGCUCUUGUGCUUCUUUGCUUUUUUUGCAGUUUGUUGCCCUGCCUGUUUCGGCGCAGAUCGAUGGUAUGAAGUGACUUGGCGCAGUUCAAAACUGCAACCCAGCUAUUGGUAUAUUACAUACGGUUUAGAUCGAGGUAUUCACAGCUACCAAAUUACAUAAGAUACCUAGCAG